CCGUCAUGGCCAGCUCUUGCUUAAAGCAGAUACUACACCAGUCAUAAUAAUAGCCAACAAAAGGAGGAGAUGGUGCGGCAAGGCGGUUGCUGUCUAACGAUGUACGGCGGAGUUGGCGACGUCGAUGCUUCCUGGAAGGUGAGGCGGAUCAUGCUCAGGUUCCGCCCCAUCGCCCCCAAGCCCGCCUCCGCUGAAACAGGUUCCCCGGCGGUCUCUGUAGUCUCCACAGAGGCGCGCGCCGUAGCGAGGAGGCCGAAGAGGAAGAGAUCCGCCAAGUCCCAGGUCAGGAAGCCUAGGAGGGGGCAGGCGACUGCGGUAAAGGAGGAUGAGAAGUCAUCGUCGACGAUCGUGACGCUACCGUUGAUUCCAGAGAUGCCGGAGGGGAAGGACGUGGCGACGGAGUCGUCGAUGCAGCAUUCUAGUCCUGUUACUCCUGCUGCAGCCGUGGUGCCGACUUGGAUGGGGCGAGGAGAGGGGGGAAGAUCGGAGUCGUGGCCGGUGAGGGUCGUAAGUUUGUGGGUGACGGUGGAGUGCGUGACGGACAUGUGGAGGGAGGGGGAGAUCGCACGUAGGAGCGACGAGGGGGUGAGGGCGGCGUUGGCUGCGGACGAGUGCCCCGGUUUUGUGUCCGAUGUGUGGGAACGGGUGACGUGGACCAACGAGGCCUGCCGGAGGAGGGUGGUGGGUUCCUCGUCGGGAGACCGCGGAGUAAGGGAGGAGGACGAGGCGGUGAGGGUGGAGCUGGUGACGCGGGGAUUGGUGCCUCCGGCUUGGGAAUGCCGAGCGUUCACUUGCAGGGUGCGUGUCAGGCAGGCGAAGCCUCCAGGGAGGCAGACGACUCCGUCCUCGCCACUGGCAGCGCCGUGUGACGUGUGGAGGUUGGACAGCGGCGGUUGCGCGUGGAGGCUCGACGUCAAAGCGGCGCUAAGUCUCGGCUUUUAAGCGACGGGCCAGCGGGAAAGAAGGAAGAAGAAGAAGAAGAGCACUGUUGUUUUCUGCCAUCAAAACUGCAGCAGACAACCAAAAGUAACAUAACCAUGGUAUUGGCCAUCAAAGUGUUUCUGAUUUCUGUAGUACUGGCCAGAAUUGCUUUCUGCUUUCCACAGGAGAACACCAAAAUUGUAACGAAACACACGAGAAAUGCCCAAACGAUCGGCCGGCGUUCGCCCCACGCAGCCCUCUCCCCUCUCGCCUUCCCUUCGCUGCUUGCAAAUCCUGGAGGCCAGAGAAGCUUACAUUGGGGGAGGAUUAUGAACAUUGGCAUCUGUUGUCGGGCGAGUGGGGAACAUUGACCAAGUUAAUUAUAGUGCUGCAAAGGAAGGGGUGAUUGGUUUUGCCAAAACCAUAGCAAAGAAAUAUGCUAGCAGAAACAUCAAAGUUUCAUGCUGGAUGGAAGCUUAUCCAAUGCUCUGGUUCUUGUUUGAUCAUGUACCUACCUGUGACUGUCCCUGGUGAAUGCUGACAUGACUGCUAAACUCUGAAAAGAAACAACUCUGUUUUCAAGGUCUUCAUUGCAAUGUCAAUACACCAUCAUAAAUAAAGCCAAUUCAAGAAGGUCCAAUCACUGGAAGGAGAUCCUAUCUACUACUCGGAACUUAAUGUUUGAUCUUUUCUUUUGAAAUCUCCAUCAAUAUAAUCGCACGGUUCUAUCACCGAUCAAGUUGCUCAUGUAUUGGAUAGUUUCGGCAGAAUGCAAACUAAAGUUGUUUUCUUUCAUAACAAGAAAAACAAAAGACUACUUCAAUGAUCA